CCAAAGUUACGAUUUUUCUCUGUAAGAUUUUUACUUUCGAAUUUGUCUUCUCACUCUCUGCUCCAAUCAUCUAAUGAGAAGGAACGAGAAGAAGAAAAAAAGAUUGGAUUUGAAGAACGGAGGGAUUCUGUUGGAGGAGCUAAUCGCUUCGUUCGACGGCAAAACCAAUCCGAUUCGUUGCUUCUCCUCCGAUCAAAUCCUUAAAGGGACUGACAAUUUCUCCGAGAGCCGAGUUAUCUCCAGUUGGGGAUAUUUCAUUUGGUACAGAGGCGUGAUCGAAGACAGACCAGUUUCGAUCAAGAAAUGGUCGAGUCAAAAUCUCUCAAGCUUCACAGAAGCGUAUCGAGAUAUCUCUGUAUCCUCUCAGAUGAGUGGACACAAGAAUGCUCUUAAGCUUAUAGGGUGUUGUCUGGAAUUUGAUCUUCCAGUUUUAGUCUGUGAGUACACAGAACACGGACCGCUUAAUAGAGACGGUGGAAUCUCAAGCGGAGAGGUUUUGCCUUGGAAAGUGAGAUUGAAGAUUGCUAAAGAGAUAGCUAGUUCUGUGACUUAUCUCCACACGGCGUUUCCAGAGACUAUAAUCCAUCGGAAUAUAAAUCCGACGAACAUUUUCAUUGACAAGAAUUGGACGGCGAAGCUUUCUGAUUUCUGGUUCUGUGUUGCAAUACCAGAAGGAGAACUCUUUGUAGAAGAUGCUGUCAAAGGUGUGAUUGGUUUUGUUGAUCCAGAUUAUUACUGGACAAUGAAAGUUACAGAGAAAGUUGAUAUUUAUAGCUUUGGUGUUGUGAUGUUGGUUUUGUUGUCUGGAAGAGCUGCUGUCUUUAAUGGACCUGGAGAGACUCCUAUCUCCCUUAACGAUCAUGUGUCCGAGGUAGUGGAGAGAAAUGGCUUUGAUGAGAUUGUUGAUAAGGAGAUAUGGAAAGAUUUUGGUGGUGGUGGUGAUGAUGAUUUGGUUCUGAGACGGUCACAGGUUGAAGCUUUUCUGAGGUUAGCUUUGAGGUGUGUAAGAUACAAGAAAGAAGAUCCAGUGAGUGGUAUGCUUGAAGUUGCCAAAGAGCUCAAAUUGAUUGAGAAACUCUCUUAGUUAGUCUUCCUUCAUUUGUUAGAUUUAAUAUUCUUGAAAGUAUGAUAACCUCUAAGAAAGUUUUAGUGAUGUCUUAAUGUGUUAAUGUCUUUCAUCUGUUUCAAAUCUUUUGAAGUAUUUAUCUUUUCAUUUUCUUUCGAAA